AUGGCUGCAAAAAUUAAAAGAAUAAUUUAUUCUGAUGCAGACUGCCACCGUCUGGUAGAUAUAAUUAAUAGCUAUAGAAAUAUUGUAGAAUGUAAAAAAACUGAUGCUACAACUUGGAAACAGAAGAAUGCCACUUGGGAGAAAAUUGCAGUCAUUUACAAUUCUGCUACAACAGAGCCUAGAACAUCUGACCAGUUACGAUGUAAAUAUGAUAAUUCAAAAAAAGACGUUCGUAAGUACGAAGCCCAAAAAAGACAAAGUUUAUAUAAAACUGGUGGUGGAGCUAAUGAAAUUGAUAUAAAGUCUGCAUUGAAAAUAGUAUAUGAUAAAAUAAAAACUAUUAUUAGCUAUUCAGUUAAUGGUUUAGAACCUAGCCAGGGUGAUAGCGAUAUUCUAGAAGUAGAGGACAUGGACAAAUGUAGUACAAUAAGUAAAAAUAUUCAUGUUACUUCAGAUAAUAAUUUACAACCUAUAAUUCUAUGUGAUAAUGAAUUUCCUGAAAUAAUAUUAGCUGGUCCGUCACAACCACAAGAAGUGCUGGAAGAUCUUAAAGAUAAAGAUAAUAAAGGAGAAUACUUGCAGGACUGGUCAGAUUACACACCAAAAAUGUUGAGAAGUAAGAAGCAUAAAGCAUUGCAAGUAAAACAUAAAAAGAUGGAUACAGAAGUAAGCGAGCUUAAUUCUCAAGAUGAAGACAAUUUUAAAAUGAAAAUGUUUAAUAUAAAGAAAGAACUGCUUGAAAAAGAAGCUGUUCUUGAAGAAUUGAAUAAAGAAGCGGAAAACAUGGCAGCAAAGGCAUAUAGAAAAUGUUCGUCUGGCAUAUUACAAAAACCAAUGAACCAACCAAUCUUCUCUUGCCAGUCAAAAGAAACUGAAAAAGUUCAAACAUCUGUAUCGACUUCGGUAUCGACUCAGAAUAAUAGCACGCCAAAUGGAAAACCAUUCAAUCGAAGGCGACCAAUAGGAGGCAUAAGAGCUUUGUCAUCUUCAGGUAUACCUUAG